UAUGUCAAACUAGUAUUUAUUUUGAAUUUAGAAAUAUUUGUUUACGUUCAGUUUGCUUUGAAUUUUAAUAAUUUAAUUUGACUAUAGAUGGAUGAUUUACGCGGUCCUACAAUACAAAUUGUAUUACACGUUAAAGAAGGGCUUGGUUUUGGUUUUCUCAAGUCUCCUUUUAUUGUGAGCGGCUCUCUGAAUGGUUACAUAUUGGAAACGGAUCCUACUGUGCCAACUCAUGCACCGGUUUUUGAUGCGGAGUUGGUAUGGGAGGCUGACAAGAGGCGAUUCAGGAGUUUGAGAGUACAAAAUGUGCCGGUAAAAAUAGAAGUAUACACAACAAGCACUCAGGGUAAAAAAGAUAAAGUUGGUUAUUUACUCUUGAGUCUCCUUGGAGCACAACCUUGUCCUACAAACAAGAUGGUGGAGGUGAAACAUUCCUGGCACAAAUUGCUCGGCGUGAAGUCAGAGGGCAAGUGUUGUCAUCCGCAACUUCUCAUGAGCCUGUCUGUGGAAGACAGAGUUAAUACUUUAACACCACGCAAUGAGUUGAGAAUGUUUCACAGUAACGAAGUGGCUUAUCCAACAUCGCGGACGAACACGGACACUACUGGCCCUGUGCCAUUAACAUUAGAUGAAUACCUCAGAGAAAGCAAGAGGACCAUAUCUCAUCCGUAUCUCCAACCACAGUUAAUCUGUGAAGAGGGUCUCAUUCAGAUCGGGGAUGGGAAGGAUCUAUUUGUACUGGCCAUUGUUAUCGGCUCUAUAGAGAAUUUGGAUUCGUUGCUACCUUUGGACUCUAUCAACAAGGUGCCAGACUGCUACCUCACCUACACAGUUUUCACUCAUACUAUCAUGACUGAUAGAGUCCGUGCCUCCAGCCCGAGCCGUGUGUCUCUCAAUCAGCGGACUUCUCUAAGGGUCCGAGCUUCACUGGCUGUACUAUCGAAUUUUUGGAAAGACUGUCCACGACUCGUAGCUACACUGUGCACAAAUGCACCUAUUGGUGUGUGCAGUAUGGAUGUAGCGAAGCUAGCACCAACAGAUGACCUGCAAACUUUCAUUGACAAUUUCUGUACUAACAAUACAUUGACGGUACAAGAGCGCUGUUUCUUUGUGAGGACCGAUGACGUCAUCAUUAACAAUAGCAAGCGGCCGUACAUGGACGUCGAGAUGAGCCUGAAAUAUGUAGGAGUAAGUGCCUCGAAGAAACCUCUCCUCACAGCCAAAAGUGCGACUCAGUUGAAAAUAGACAAGGAUGUAGCGACGGAUAUACUAGAUUUUAAGAGCGGAAGUUGUACAGAUCUAGGUGAAGAUAUGGGCGGCGCGGCCUACACUAACAUGACGCCCAGUAACACGGCGAGGUACCGGACCGCGUCAGGGGACGCCGUCUUACAAACAAACGAGAUCGCAGACCUUAUAAAGAAGAUGUACGAAUCUUUUACGCUGAGUCAGGAGAAAUUGUUGACGCAACUACAGACACACAAGAGUGACGUUCAGGUGCAGUGUGGAGUAGAAGACAAACAGACAGACGUGGACAACGAACCUGUGAAGUUGGAAAGCAAUAAAAGUGAUACCCGUAGCAAAAAUAAUGAAAAAGUUUCAGACAUGAUUCACAAAGAACUGACAUCACUUGAGAGGGACGAGCUGAUGAAGAGGUACGUCGAGGAGUUAGAGGACUGGAAGGAGAGACAGCAACAGCUUUACACCUGUCAGCUGAAACGUAAAGAGGAGAAUCAUCUGUCGCUUUUGUCGUCCGAGUGGUGCAGUCGGCGGGCGGUGUUGGAGGAGAGGCUGUCUCGAGGAGUGGAACAGUGCAGGAGGCUGGCCGAGGACCUCAACGCCGCCACAGAGGACUUCCGCCUGCGAGGAUACAGGAACAGCGAGCGGGAGAAGAAGCUGUUGGAUGCAAAGAAAGCGCUGGAGGCUCACUACACCUCGAAGUACCAAGAACUGAGAGAGGCUUCGCAGAAGAUGGAAGAUGAUAUGAACCAUCGGCUGAAGAUGAAGGACAUGGAGAUAGAGGAGUUACAGCACAGGGUACACGUGCUGGAGAAGCAGAAGGAGGGGAUAGAGAACAAUCUCAAGAAUGCUGAAAGAGACGCCGAGAGUAAAUACUCAGGCUUGACGAAGGACCAAACGGCGAGCUUAAUACAGGAACUGCGCCAUCUAGAAGAGAAAUUAGACAGCGCUGUACAAUCAAAGUGCUUCUUCAAAGAACAGUGGGGUCGGGCUGUGAGGGAGUUACACACCAUCAAGAUAAAUACAAGAAGACAGAUGUUACACACGCUGAGGGACGAGAGGAGGCGGUUGGGAGAAAGUCUAGAACCUAUUGAAGACCAAGAGACGGUGCAAACUCAAAGCCCCUUGGACAUUAACAGACUAAAAGAUGAUUUCUACGCAGAUAUUUUAGCGAACACACCGGCGCUUGAAUCACAUUCCAUUAUGAGUCAGGACGGUUUGGAGAUAUUCGACGAAUUAAAAAAUCUACCCAAAAACAAUACAAGUGACAAACUCGGUGCGUUGAUAUCUGAGCGAGAUGAGCUCAUACAACAGACGUCUCCAGAUGAAGAACGUCUGAAACAACUCAACAGCGAGAUAAGAAGCAUGCUUGUUAAUUGCACUACUUGAGAUGUCGCCAGUGAUCGAAUGAUAUAUGAAAUAGUUAAUAAAAUUUGUUAAUAUUCUAUUUA